UAAAAACAAGCAAAAUACGAAACUAAGAACAUGGUUGUUGCCUUGAUGGCAUUUCUACUUUAGACAACAAAUAGCGUUGCUCAUCUAUAAUUUCGUUAAAGGAGUUUGCUUACAAUAUUUGAACAUUAUAUAAAGGAAUUUGUUUAGUUUGGUUUGAUGAAAGCACAUAGAAACUACGACCUUUAAUUGUUAAAUAGUAUUUAGGAUAAAAAUGAAUUGGUGGGACUCUGCUUCGUUGUCGAAUUUCGCCACAAAAACAUUAAAAACUGCCCAAAAGAAAAUAGAUAAAGUGUUAGAUAUUCAGGAGGAUGAAGAAGCAAACGUAACAGAUACUAAGUCCGUUGUCAGGAAAUCAACUGACGAGUCCACAAAACCUAAAACAUUUGAAUCGAAAGACCAUGAAAGUUUUUGGAAUACUUGGUUCGAUAAUAGUAAUGACGGUCAAGAAAGUUCAAGUAAAUCUGUAAAAGAAAUUUGUCAACCUUCUCGCAGUAGUCCUCAAAGUUCCGUGUCCAAGUUUAAAGUGGACACCGCCCAUGAAGCUGCUGUUAAUGAAGAUAGUUAUACCCUUAGUUCAAAUUUUGAAGAAGUUGGCGAAAGUGAUGCAGAAAAUAUUAUGAAUAAGAAACCCUCGGAAGAGGAGGCUCAGAGAGAUUUUAGAGUUCAGCGUGAUGAAUUAUUAAAUACAAAUGAUCAAUUAAAAGUGAAACAAUCGUAUUUAGAAUCUUCUACUUUUGCCGUAAAAAUUACGGAUUCUUUCAUGAGCGCUAAGGGCGAUUGGACGAAUGAAAGUGUCUUAUUACCCGAAGGUGAUUUAAUGGAAAUUGAUGAAAAUAUGAAAAUUUCCGCUGAUUUAAAAACUGCUAGCAGUCUAGAACCUGCAGGGGAAACUACUUGCUUGAAUGCUGAAUCGGAUACUUCAACUCUUGAAAGGACCCUAGACUCAGAGAGUACUGAAGGGAAGGAGAGUAUAAAUAUCGACAGAACUGAAGCUGUGGACGAAACUGAAUCAAGUUCUUGUAGUAAGGAAGUUGUGGAAACCAUAUCCCAAAAUAUUCCUCAGGAAGAUAGGCCAUUUGAAGAGUGCUCAGAUCAGGAGCCCGCUAAAGAUGAUAAGCUAGGGAAAAUUAGAAAUAGUUCCUCUUCAAGCACAAUAAUACCUGAAGAAGUUACCAUAUCGAAUACAAGCUCAUCGGAUUCUAGAGCCGAACUUAGCGAUAGUAACCAAACAAUAAUUGUCGAAUCAGAGCUUACUAAUUCUGUUAAAAAUCUUCUGGAGGAUGCCAUGACGGAAGUGAAUAAAGAUUCUAACUCUACUGAUUCCAAUGGAAGAUCUUCCAUUGACGUUUUAAAACUUGAUUCAGGACAUACUUCAGCUGAUGAAAUAGAAACAACAACUUCUUCAGAUAUUGAAAUCCUUUCUAUUCCAACACCAAAUGGCGAUAAAGAUAGAACAUCAGCAUCUCCUGUUAGGCAAUUAAUGUCAAAAGUUGUUAGAAGAAGCAGUCCUCCAAGUCUACACCAAAGGUCUGAUAGUGGGUCGAGUUUUGAUUCUGUUGGUAGGCAAUUUGUCGCUUGCCAGUCUCUUUCAUCAGAAAAUGAUCCAUUUCGAUCUGAGAAGCUAUUAAAGAAACUUGGUGAAAUGGCUGAAAUAUUAGAUGUACGAGAGCAUAAACUAUUAGAAUUAAGUAAAGAAAAUAUUGAAUUACAAGAAACUGGAAACUUAUUAAAAAAUCAAGUACAAGACGCCGUUGCAACUAAAGAGAAAACUUUAACCGAAAUAAAGAAUUUGGCGGUAGAAUAUGAGGAAAAAUUCGCAAAAGUUCAAUCUCUUCUUUCUCAAAGGAAUAAGGAAGUUGACGAUUUAGUGAAUAAAAAUGAAAAAUUACAGUCAGAGUUAAAGAAUAAAAUAUGGGAUACAUCAGCUAUUGAAAAAGCUUUAAAAGAGAAAGAACAAAUUAUUGCCGAGUUAUUAGAAGAAGGAGAGAAAUUAUCUAAACAACAAUUACAGAAUAGUAUAAUUAUUAAAAAAUUAAGAGCCAAAGAAAAGGAUAAUGAUCAAUUGUCAAAGUCGAAUUCUUCAUUAAUUGAAAAGCAAAAAAAUGAAAUUGAAUAUUUAAAGAAAGUAAUAGAUUCCAAAGAAGAAUUAUUAAAGAAACAAGCGGAAGCUAUUACUCAACAAAAUGCCGCUGUUCAAUCUCAAGAAAAUGAUAUGAUCAAAUUAAAAAGCGAUUUUGAAGAUGCCGAAGAGAAAUGCAGAGGUUUGCAGGCAACUCUUGAAAAAGCUUAUAAAGAAAUUGCUGGCCUACAUAAAGAAAAGGCAACAAAAGCCAGCGAAGAACAAGAAGCUGCCUUAAGUAGAGAUUUGUUUGUUCAAGAACAAUUAAGAUCAGCACUAGAACAGUAUAAGAGGGAAGCUAAAGAAGAAGAAAAGUCACUUUUUAGUCAAAUUGAAGAUUUACAGCAAUGUCUUUCUAAAACGGAAAGAGAACUAAGGCGUAAAGAAGAUUGCUAUAAGCAAGAGAUAAACGAUUUACAACAACGUCUUCAAGAGGCGGACGAUCGUCACCAAGAUUUAACCGGUAACGUUACGGCCGCAACUCGCCCACUACUCCGUCAAAUUGAAAACUUGCAAGCGUCGUUCAGUGAGCAAACAAGUACCUAUGAAGUAGUUGAAAAAAAUUUACAAGAUCGCCUGAACGAUGCUCAAAUGCAGACAAGCAAUUUUCAAGAGAGAGAACGUCUCGCUAGCGAAAAAGUUAUGCAACUCAAUGCUAAAAUCAUGUCUCUAGAAUCGCAAUUAUCUACAAUAAGAAAUGAAAAAAGUCAUUUACUUUCCGAUUACGAAGUAACAAAAGCGAAAUUAUUACUUGCAGAAGAUUCUAGAACUGAUGUCGAAGCAAAAUUAAGAGCUAAAACAGUGUCGUUGGAGCACGAAAUAUCUGAUUUAAAGAAGCAGAAUAUACAAUUAAAUAGUCAUUUGGAAAUGGAAAGUAUGAAAAUUGAAAACGAAAGAAAAAAAGUGUUAGCUUUUCAAGAGCAACUUCAAGAUAAAGAAAUGCAAUUACAACUACAAAUUAACCCUUCCGAUUCAAUUUCAAUGAAUGAAAGUAUGUUCAGUAAACAAUCAUCAAGUGGUAGAUCGACUCCAUACGUUUCACACGAUGAUUUAACAUUCCCGUCAACUAUUUUCCAAAAUAAAACGUCAUUAUACGACAAUCUAAGGAAUUUUGGCAAUGGUAACGUAUUUGAAGCUUUACAGUCGACUCUUAAACAAAGAGAAGGAGAGAUUGUCCAAUUACAAAGCGAAAUAAAGGAAUUAGAAAGAAAUCGAGAAUCAAUGAUGCAAGAAUUGGUUAAAGUUACAAAUAAUAAUUUAACUUUAUCAGAAAAACUAAUAGAACUUGACAAUUUAAAAAAGAAUUAUAAAGAAUUAGAUUCACGGUACCAAGCUCUCUUACAAAUGUAUGGCGAAAAAGUUGAAGAGGCAGAAGAAUUGAAACUUGAUCUUCAAGACGUGAAAGCUAUGUACAGAUGCCAGAUAGAGGAAUUAGUCCGAAAAUCAUGA